AUGCCUGUCCUCCUCUUCACGCUUAGCGAGGAGGGGGUGCUCGUCUCCAUUUUUAGAAAUCGGGGAGGCAGUGGAGGGGACAUCCCCGGUGCGGAGCGUCCUACGGCGAUUGAUAGGUGUGAUGUUGCAAUUGAUGAUGGGGUCAAUGUUGAGAGUCGGUUCAUCGUGAAGAUUACGUUUCGCAAUGGAUGUACUUCUACACAUAAGUUACCAUUUGCGAGCAAUCCUCCCGUUCACGCCAAGUUUAACGCGGAGCAGGCAAUUCACCAUUGGACCAUCCCAUCGAGGACGCUGCGGGGUGUGAUGGACCACUUUGGGCCUGGAGCUGAGCUACUUGAUAUUAACUCGGAGGGAGAAUUCAUCAACUUUCUCGGGUAUACAGAGAAGGCUGUAGACUUGAAUACUGCAUGCAAGCCUCUCCGAACCUCCAUCGCGAUGGAACUCGACGAGUUCGAGGACGUCGAAGUAGAAGACGAACUCCACAUCAUCGUCCCCGUCAGAGACUUCCGAGCCAUAGUCCAGCACGCAGUGACAGCCGGCAACGAGCUCUCAACCAGGUACUCCACGCCCGGCCAGCCCAUCAAAAUCUGGUACCACGGCGACGCCAUGUACUGCGACUUCCUCCUCAUGACAGUCGGCGAGCGCGGCAACCCAGGCCAAAAGGUAAAGCGACAGGGCCGCGCCCGCGCCAAGGAGCCGACGACGAAACCGCUCGAGGCAGGCUCUAGAAGAGCCAGCGCGGCGCCGUCGGAGCCGCCUCCGGAGAGAGUUGUUGCCGCUCCAAACCCGACGCCGCAGCCGUCUGUGGCAAGGGCGAAUGUGCAACGGCGGUCGUAUUUCGAGAUGAGGCCUUCGCAGAUGCCGCCGCCGAGUAGGAUUAUGUCGGAUAGUCUGUUUGUUGGACAGCAGGAUGAGGAGGAUGAGUGGGAGCCGGUGAGGGAUGAGGAAGAUGAGGAGGAUGCGCGGUUGGAGUGGGAUGGGACGGAUAGACAGGAGUUCUCGACGAAUGAUACAGGUGGUGGAGGGAACGGCGCUGCGGACCAAGCUCCGGCAAGUACGGAGCCGGGAUCGAGUCUGGAGCCGACGCAACGGUUGUCUGAUGCGAGAAGACUCGGAUUGUUUUACGAUGGGCCGUCUUAUUAA